AGCAUUAACCCCAUCAUAGACCAUACCUCACCAGAUCAUACAAUUUCAUCUUUUCCCUCUUCAUCUUUCUUUCCCGUGACACCAUUCCUUUUCCUCCUUCAACCGCCGCCACCUCUUACCCCUGCCACCACCGUUUCCGGCCGCGAUCAUUAUUUUCGAAACGGAGCACCGCCUACUGCUUCUGCGAACCACCAGUAUUCUGUGAGUAUAUCUAGUUUUAGGUAUGGUAGGUUUAUCUCUAGGAGAACAAUGUUUUAUAGAAGGUGGCAUUGCUCAAGAUCUUCGUUGUGAUGGUAGAAGAAGAUUGACUUAUAGACCUAUCCAUGUUGAAACUGGAGUCAUUCCUCAGGCAAAUGGUUCGGCAAGAGUCAGAAUUGGUGCUACUGAAGUCAUUGUCAGUGUGAAGGCUGAACUUGGAAAACCAAGCUUAAUGCAACCUGACAAAGGGAAUGUCUCGAUAUAUAUUGAUUGUAGUUCAACUGCAGAGCCAGCUUUUGAGGGUCGAGGGGCCGAUUGGUUGUCAGCAGAUCUGUCAAAUGCUCUUCAGCGCUGUCUCUUGGGUGCUAAAAGUGGAGCAGGUGCUGGAAUUGAUCGCUCCUCACUUGUUGUUAUCGAAGGGAAAAUUUGUUGGGAUCUUUAUAUUGACGGACUUGUUAUUAGUUCUGAUGGGAAUUUGUUAGACGCUUUAGGCGCUGCCAUCAAGGCUGCUUUAAGCAAUACCGGUAUUCCAAAAGUUCAAAUUGCUGCUGGUGCAUCAAGUGACGAGCAACCAGAAGUUGAUGUAAGUGACGAGGAGUUUAUGCAGUUUGACACAUCUGGAGUCCCUGUUAUAAUUACACUGACUAAGAUUGGGAAGCACUAUAUUGUGGAUGCCACACCUGAAGAGGAAUCACAAAUGAGCUCUGCAGUUUCUAUCUCUAUUAAUAGGCAAGGGCAUGUGUGUGGUGUAACCAAACGAGGAGGUGUGGGGAUUGAUCCUACUGUAAUUCUUCAAAUGGUAUCUGCCGCUAAACAUGUAAGCGAGCAGUUAAUAAAUAAAUUGGAUUCAGAAAUAGCUUCUGCUGAAGCUGAAGACGAGUCUUGACAUAGAACUUCCAACAUAGUGAUCACUAGGAUGUGUUGUACACUAAUUUUAAAGUGAUCUGACUUGGACAAAUUUUGUAGUUUGGUAACUCUUGAUAUGUAGAAUUUUAUUUCAAAAUUUUUUGUAUUUUGAGUUGUCGAUACUGAUGUUUAGCUUUGAGAUGGCUGUCGAUAUCUUGCAAUAUUUUAAGCUAUGAUUGCAGGGUGUUCUGCAUUUUUGGUAGCCACCAACUGCAAUGUCAUGACUACAUCAAUUGGUUUAAACCAAGUUUUAAAUCUUUUAUGAAGUGUUAAUUCUUGAUA